AUGUUUGGCUUAUUCGGUAAGAAGAAACCUAACUCCCCCCCCCCCCCCCUCCGUGAGCGAACAAAACCAUUAGAAAAAUCGCCAUUUUUUGACCAAAAACCCACCCUCCGUGAGUGAACAAAAAUUUUUUUAAUAGAAAAAAUUUUAAUGGAAAAAAAUUUUGAUAUAUAAGUGAUAAUUAGUAUAAUGAAAUCUAGAGCUAAUUCUGUUUAAUUUUAAACAAAUUGCGUUUUUAAAACAUAAAUUUUGCAAAUUAAAUUAAUAUUUGCUUCCCAAUUUUUGCAAAUUAGGAUUUUUUUAAAUUUCGAAAAAAAAUAUUUUUUAUAAAAUUUAUAUAUAAAUUUUUUUUUAAAAAAAAAAAAUUAACCCCCUCCGUGAGCGAACAAAAUUUUUUUGUUCGCUCACGGAGGGGGGGGGGGGGGAGUAAGGUUUUGCGAGAAUUCACCCAUGGAACCACAAAACUUCAAAUUGUUCGAAAUUCUAUCAGCAAAGAAAAUGUUGGAGCAAUAGUCAAUAUUACUUAACUUAACUUAACUUAGUGUCUGGUAUUUAAGGUGUCUAGUGCCGCACCCCAUAAAAAUGGAGUUAUAGCAAAACUGAUGACGUCGCCGAGCCAUCUUGGAAUCGCGGUGGUUAGCCCACCGGCCAAGCCUUCAUCUGCACUUCGCCCGUUUGCCGCACAUCUCACCCGGCGCGCUGCCGUCGCCCUGUCUCGACUCAGCUCCCUGCGCGUGUUUUGCCUAAGGGUCAUCCUCCCGUGGGGAUGUGCUGAGAGGUAAAACUCCGAAAAUUUUGAGUGCACUGAGGAGCUGUUCCUUUGGUUAUCCCCAAAGUUAAACAGCUAUUGCUGUGCAGAAGUUCUCGAGAGAAAAACCCAACCCCAUAAAUAAAAUUCCAUGAGGGAGAGAAAAUUAGCAGAGCUAAUUUCUCUCGAACCGAAUGCCAUUUUAUUUAUAAUAGUCAAUAUUACAAAUGCUACAUUAGACCAGCCUGACGGAGUAGCCAAAGAAAUCAUCAGCAGCGGAAGUCAUCAGAUGCUCCUAGAUUGUAGAAAAUGGGUACUUGAUAAUGGACAGCUCGCUCCUGGACACAUAGCAGUCACGCCAGGAGGAAAACUAGCAGCAAUUCACAUCAUUCACCUAUCAUCCCCUAGCUAUCAAAGAUCACUUCCAGGCCAAGACGCAGCCCUUCGAGAGUUGAUUUGGAGCUGCCUCGCAAAAGGGGAAGAGCUAGGAAUUAAUUCAAUAGCUUUGCCUGCUUUUUGUAUAGGGUCAUUUGGGUAUCCAUUAGAUUUAGUGGUCCCUGUCAUGCUGAAUACAGUUCAACAGUAUCUUCUAUCACAUGAAGAUACGAAAUAUAACUUAAUUCGCUUCACAAACCAAGACAAGUCUAUUUACGAAGUAUUUGUCAGCGAAUUCGAAAGAAGAUGGCCGGACUCAAUCCCACAAAGUAAGAAAAAGGCUAAAAAAUCAAGACAGCUGGCAUCAUCACUGACACCAGGAAUGGAUAGACUUGUUGAGAGGGAAAUUGAAAGGCAAAGAGUUUCUUCACCAAAGCCACAGAAGGCAAAAGCAAAGCCAAGCAAGAAGAAAAACGAUAAAAAUGAGCAAGACAUUGAGCUGAAAGAUGGCGUUAACUUGGAGGCUUUGAGAAAUGUAGCCUUUAAAGAAGAUAGAAAAUAA